AUGAUUGACCAAAAAUUUUAUAUUCCGAUUCCUUUUACUAUCACAAGAUAUCCUAGAAGAGAAGCUAAGACAUCAAACGCUGGGAAUUUUUAUUUUAUUCUAUACAAAAAAAAUUCACCUUUAUUGGUUGCCACUGCAACAUUAUUUAUUUCAACUGGCUUUUGUUCAAUUUCUAUAACAAUAGGUCGAUUUUUAUAUUCACAUGAUUUCACAGUCCCGAAAGAAGGUGAAAAAACACUACUCACACGCGCUAUUCAUAAAAUAUCAGAAGUUAAGAGCUACAAAACUCGUGUAGAUAUCGAAGUAAUUUAUUAA